GUUUCAGUUUGCACUGCGAGAGGGGUGCGUGUGGAACUUGAAGAGUGGACAGGCGCCAACGUUGCUGAAGCUAAUGAGCUCCCAGUCUGACUAUUCGGAGACCGUCUAAUCCAACCAGAACAUUUCAUCCACUUUCAGGCCAAAACAAAGAUUCUAAGAGCACUCUCAGAAAGUGAGUGUGCGCUGUGUAAGCACGGGUGGAGCGCAACCAUAAAGCUGGGCGCCAAAGACUGUUACAGAAGCUCUUCAACUUCCAGAGAGGAAAGGCGUUUCGCUCCCAUUGCUGAUAUUUGACAUUUCUGGGGGCUUCUUAGGGUCUGUGGCCGCAUCAAACUUUUGCUGCGAUGGCGACUUUUGGGGCAGCAGUGACCCCUCCUUACAACCCAAACAAAGAUAUUGAGGUGCAACAACCCCCCAAUGAUGGCAUCACUAGUUUGGGCUUCAGCCCAAAAGCCAACUACCUUGUAGCAACAUCCUGGGACACUGAGGUCCGCUGUUACGAAGUCCAGUCGACCGGCGCGACAAACCCAAAAGCUGGAACAAAGGCCGAUCAACCGGUGCUAUGCAGCGCAUGGAAGGACGACGGGGCGUCUGUUUUCUUUGGGGGGUGCGACAAGCAGGCCAAGCUGUGGAAUCUUGGGUCGGGGGCGCCCCCCCAAACGGUGGCCAUGCACGAUGAGCCCAUAAAGGAGCUGGCGUGGAUACCCGAAAUGAACAUGCUGGCCACAGGGAGCUGGGACAAAACCGUCAGGUACUGGGACCUUCGGCAGAACCAGCCGGUGCACACCCAGAAGCUGCCGGAGCGGGUAUAUGCUAUGAGCGUGAAGCACCCGCUUAUGGUGGUGGGCACGGCGGACCGCAACAUCAUCGUCUUCAACCUUCAAAAUCCGGGGGCCGAGUUUAAACGGAUCCAGUCGCCCCUUAAGUUCCAAACGAGGUGUAUAGCAACGUUCCCAGAUAAACAGGGCUAUCUGGUGGGCUCAAUAGAGGGACGGGUAGCAGUCCAACACUUGGACGACUCCCAGAGCUCCAAGAACUUCACUUUCAAGUGCCACCGCGACAACAACGAGGUCUACUCCGUCAACUCCAUCCAGUUUCACCCGGUGCACGGCACAUUCACAACUGCCGGAUCGGACGGCGCGUACAACUUUUGGGACAAGGACAGCAAACAGCGGCUCAAGGCGAUGACGCGGUCCAGCCAGCCUAUCCCGUGCAGCGCCUUCAACCACGACGGCACAAUCUUUGCGUACGCCUCUAGUUACGACUGGAGCAAGGGCGCGGAGAACCACAACCCCGCCACCACCAAGAACCACAUUCUGAUGCACCCCACGCAGGAAGCCGAAGUGAAGCCGAGACCCAAAGCUGCAAAGCGAUAAAACCGAACUGAGGUCCUGCUUGCGUAUUCUGCAAGCCCCCCCGGACCUUCUAGGAGUUUUAAUAGCAAAGUCUUGUGCGGGUAGAAUCGCACAGGCUAAGUUUGCUUGUCUGCCCAGCAGGCCGUGCGUAAGUGACGGCAAGUGCAGACAGGUGGCCGGAGAUGUCAAGCAAUGCCACUUUCUGGUAGGAUGAGAGAUCAUGAGUCGUAGAUGUCGAAUACUAGGCUGUUAUGGUCUGAUUGAGUUCGUACAACCUGACUGAAGAAUUGUACUUUUCCUGAUGUCUCUUUCGUUUCGUUCUGAAUGUAGAAGGUAGACUGCGCUGGACUCUGUCUACAGUGCCAAAACAAAUGAGGGCGGGCGUAGUUGGAAUGUUACACAUACGGGGCAACCUCACCUCUCGCUCAGAUGUGUGAUCCGUG